AUGCAGCAAGUACAAGGUAAGGGCAGCGUAGAAAUUAAAGGGCCACAGUCAAGUAUAUUGUGUGUCACGGAAGGGCAAAACGCAGCGCAUGAGCUCAGGCGCAGUGUGAAGGUUGUCGAGAGAGCGAAUACUGCUUUGCCAGGAUCUCCUCAGACUCAAAGUAUUGCUAAAAUAACGAUAGAAAGCAUCAAUUUGAAAGUGCCACAUCUCACACCCAACGAUGACAUAAAGUUGCAGUUGUUGACACGUAUCAAAGCAGAUGAGUCUAUGAUGAUACCGUUUCGCCGAUGGGAAUUGCACGAGCUACCAGCACUCACACAAGGAUCUACCAUAGAAAUCUGGUCCGUCAAGACAUGUUCUGCAUUGGACAGUCCAAGAUAUGUUAUAGUAUUUUUCCAAACGAAAAAAGCCGAUAAUUUGCAUGAAGACGUCACCUUGUUCGAUAAUGCCAACAUCAAAUCCAUACGAUUGGCUCUGAAUAGCGACUAUUAUCCGCAAGAACGAAUGCUAUUGGACUUUUCCCGAGACCAAUAUGCUGACGCUCACUUCAACUAUACAGAGUUCAACAAGAGCUACCAUAACUGUCAAGAAAAGCGCUCUCUAGUAAACUUUGCCGAAUUCAAAUCCCGACCAAUGUUUGUUAUCGAUUGCUCGAGGCGCCAUCUGGGUCUAAAGUCGUCCACAGUUGACAUAAAGUCACAAACAACGCAUCCAACUCUAAUGAACAAACAAACAGAAUACAGCUUCAACCACACACCUGAUACUGAAAAGAAAUCAAACUUUAAGCGCCAGACAUUCAACCCCAAGAAGAAAACAUGGAACCACCGAUUGAAUCAAUCUAAGAAGAGCGAGUACGAAUACGAUUGA